AUGGCGCUGUCUUCACGGUUAAAACUGUGGGAGCAGAAGGGAGGUGCAGCGCUGCAUGCUAUAAAGGAGGAGAAGACUCCGGUGGCGGCUGCAGAGCCUCCUCCUCCUCUGUCCGCUCUGCCCGGAGGAUUCCUCAAACAGCUGGUCAGAGAGACGGAGAAGGAGACCAAACACAAGGAGCCCGAGGCCAAGGACGAGAGACAGCCGAGCAAACUGAGCGAUAACCUGGUGCAGCAGUUCCUGCUCCCGGAUCAGACUCCUCCGAUCCUGGAGGCCGAGAUGUCUCUCCGGGCCGAACAGCUGAUCAGCAGCAGCAAACAGUCAAACAGGCCCAUCUUCUCCCCAGAACCAGAAACCAGAGCGGAGGUGAGGACGGAGCCGCCCAGGAAGCAGCCAGACACGAGGCCGGAGGUGAAUAAGAAGCAGCAGGAGAAGGAGAAGGAGAAGGAGAGGAUAAAGGAGGUGCAGCAGGCGGAGAGGAAGAUGAAGAAGAAGAAGGAGGAGGAGGAGGAGAGGAUGGAGGAGAGGCAGGAGCCGGAGGGACGGCAGGCAGACAACACGGUGACAGAACAACACAGGAGAGACGUGAGAGAUGUUUGGUAUGAAGCAGGAACGGUUUGGUACGUUCACAAAGACGGUUUUACACGAGCCACUCAGAUGAAGCCUGAUGAGGGAACACCUGAACUCCCAGAAGGCCGAGCGAGAGUUCGACUGCAGACGGACGGCUCGCUGCACGACGUCACAGAGUUCGAGAUGGAGAAGUGUAACCCGCCGGACCUGGACCUGUGUGAGGACCUGAGCGACCUGCAGAGCGUCAACGAGUGCGGCGUCCUGCACACGCUGACCAGCAGAGCCAGAGCCAGUCUACCCCUCACACACGCAGGACCCAACCUGGUCAACCUCUGGCCCCCCAUACACACACACAGCAAGACUCCAAAGUCUCGGCGCGGGGAGUCGUUGUGGGACGCUCCUCCCGCUCUGGCUGCUCUGGUCAAACGUGUGUAUGUGUCCAUGGUGGGGACACGCAGGGACCACAGCGUGUGCGCUCUGGGACGCAGCGGGACGGGGAAGACCACGGCGUGCCAGGCCUUCACUCACGCCCUCCUGAGACAGGCCGGGACCACCGGGGACCGCAUCAGCGUGGAGCGAGUCCACGCCAUGUACACCGUCCUCAGGUCCUUCGGCUGCGUGAGCUCGCAGCACAGUGACGCCUCGUCCAGGUUCGCCACUGUCUUCUCUCUGGACUUUAACCACGCGGGACAGGCGGCGGCGGGACACCUGCAGACGAUGAUGUUGGACAAAUGGAAAGUGUGUCAGAAGACUCCGGGGGAGAGUAACUUCCUGGUGUUCUCUCAGAUGCUGGCAGGACUCAGCACAGAGAUGAGGACGGAGCUGCAGCUGCACCAGCUGCCUGACAACAACUCGUUUGGGAUUGUUCAUCCAACAAAGGUGGAGGAGAAGCAGCGAGCGUCCGUCGCCUUCACCAAGCUGCUGACUGCCAUGGAAACGCUGAGCUUCUCCGGCAGCGAGCAGAAGGCGAUCUGGCACGUUCUGGCUGGUAUUUACCAUCUGGGAGCUGCCGGGGCCUGUAAAGUUGCCAGGAGACAGUUUGUGAACUUUGAGAGCGCCCAGGUGGCGAGCAGCGUCCUCGGCUGCGAGGGAGAAGAUCUGCACACGGCCGUGUUCAAACAUCACCUGAGACAGCUGCUGCAGAGAGCCACCGGGGGCAGCAGAGAGAGGAGCACGGCUGCAGAGGCAGAGGAGGGUCCCAGACUGACUGCAGCUCAGUGUGUGGAUGGGAUGGCUGCUGGUCUCUAUGAGGAACUCUUCACUGCCAUCGUCUCACUCAUCAACAGAGCUUUGAGCAACCAGCAGCUGACCUUGGCCUCUGUGAUGGUGGUGGACACGCCGGGUCUGAGGAACCCGAGACACUCUGCAGAGGAGCGAGCCGCCAGCUGGUCUGAACUCUGUCACAACUACCUGCAGGAGAGGCUGCUGGAGCACCACCACACACACACCUUCACACACACACUGGAGAGAUACGCACAGGAGAAGAUCCCAGUGCAGCUGGAGUGCCCAGAGAACAGUCCAGCUGAGGUGGUGUCUGCUAUCGACCAGCCGCCUCCACAGGUCCGGGCAGCAGAUGGAGACCCCAGAGGUCUGUUAUGGGUCCUGGAUGAGGAGAUGGUGACGCCAUCCUCCAGUGAGAACAGCGUCCUGGAGAGAGUCUGCCAGUAUUACAGCAACACUGUGCGUCAGUGCGAGCAGCCGCUGCAGUGUGAGGUGAACCACCUGAUGGGCUGUGACCCGGUCCGCUACGACUUGACAGGAUGGAUCAGUCUGAUCCAGAACAACCCGUCUGCUCUGAACGCCAUCUGUGUGCUGCAGAACUCCACCAUAGGGGAGGUGAAGGCCAUGUUCGCCCCGAGGAUCUCUCUGCCCCCUCUGUGUCGAGGUCUGGGGGGUCUGGAGGGCAGCAGCCAGCGCUCCCUGCAGAGGAACGGCACCAUCAGGAAAACCUUCAGCGGAGGGAUGGCGGCCAUACGCAGACACUCACAGUGCAUCGCAGUCAAACUCCAGGCGGAUGCUCUGGUGAACCUGAUCCGCAGAGCCCGGCCGGUGUUCCUGCAGUGUGUGAGUGCAAAGUGUGACAGCGGAAGCUUCGACGUCCCGGCGCUCAGAGUUCAGCUGCACUCCACACAGAUCCUGUCGGCCCUGCAGUUCCACCGCACAGGUUACCCGGAGCACAUGACUCUGAGUGACUUCAGGUGUCACUUCCAGGCGUUGUCUCCUCCCAUCAUGAAACGAUACGCUUCCAUGUUUGUCAGCCACGACGAGAGAAAGGCGGUGGAGGAGUUACUGGUGGAGUUGGAUCUGGACAGAAAGAGCAUCGUGGUGGGAGCCAGCAGGGUGUUCAUGAAACGAGGAGUGCUGCGGUACCUGGAGCAGCAGAGGGACCAGCAGGUCACCGGCUGGUUGGUGUAUCUUCAGGCCGCCUGCAUGGCUCAUCUGGCCCGCCAGAAGUACCGAAAGCUCAAGGUGCAGCAGAUGGCCGUCAGCUGUCUGCAGAGGAACCUUCGUGCUCUGAGGGUCGUGUCCAAGUGGAGCUGGUGGAAACUUUUCUGCAAAGUUCGUCCUCAGCUCGACGUCAACCUGGACAACGAGAGGCUGCGGGCUAAAGAGGAUGAGAUAUCAGCUCUGAGACGACGCCUGGAGAAAUCAGAGAAGGAGAGGAACGAGCUGAGGCAGACUGCAGACAGUCUGGAGACCAAGGUUACGGCCGUGACAUCUGAGCUAAGUGAUGAGCGUUUCCGUGGCGAUGCGGUGGGUCAGGCUCUGGAUGUGGAGAGGGCAGAGCGGAUCCGGCUCAGCAGGGAAAACAAAGACCUGCAGGCUCGUCUAGACCAGUGCAAAGUCUCCAUGGAAACCCUGGAGAAGCAGCUGGAGGAGGAGAAGCAGAAAGCUCAGAUUGCUGAGAGUCAGCGAGGAGCAGCCACAGACAGUGAGCUGGCCAUGCAGCUGGAGUGCUGCCAGACGGAGGUGGAAUUUGUCCGCAGACGACUCAAGCAGACUGAAGAAAAACUGGAGACAGAGAGACAGACCCGACAACAGCUCGAUACCAAGGUGGCGGCGCUGCAGGCCCAGCUGGAGCAGUCCAGGCGGAGUGCGACAGAACUGAAACGUCACUGUCGCCGCGUGACCUCUGACCUGCAGGACGCCCGAGUCCUCACCGACAGCCUGCAGAGUCGCAUGCAUGAACUGGACCGCAAGCAGAGACGGUUUGACAGCGAGUUGACUCAGGCUCUGGAGGAAGCUGACAAUGAGAGAGAGCAGAAGGACAAAGCCUUUCUGGAGAACACGGCUCUGGGAGCAGAAAUAUACACACUGCGCCGCAACCUCCAGGAGAGCCAGUCAGAGGUGGGCCGACUUCAGAAGCAGAAGGAGGAGUUGUGUGCUCAGAUCCGUGACCUCAGCCUGCCCGUCGAUCUCGCCUCCGAUUCCCUGCCCGACCUCAAGAAGCAGCUCCGCCUCCUGGAGAGUCAGGCCAGCGAGAGAGCGCAGGAAAACAGCACGCUCAGCGCCAAAAUACAGCAGCAGCAACAGAUCCACAUGCGCUUUGAGAUGGAGAUGGAGAGGAUGAAGCAGAUGCAUCAGAAAGAGCUGGAGGAUAAAGAAGAGGAGUUAGAGGAUGUGCACAAGUCCUCUCAGAGACGGCUGAGGCAGUUGGAGAUGCAGUUGGAGCAGGAGUAUGAGGAGAAACAGAUGGUGAUUCAUGAGAAGCACGACUUGGAGGGACUCAUAGCAACUCUGUGUGACCAGGUGGGUCACAGAGACUUCGAUGUGGAGAAGAAGCUGAGGAGAGACCUGAAGAGGACUCACGCCCUGCUGGCCGACGCCCAGCUGCUGCUCUCCACCGUCGACAGCCCGGGACAGAACUUCCCCAACGGCAGCAAGGAGCAGAUCGAGCGGCUGCACUGCCAGGUGGAGGAGAGCGAAGCGAGGCGGCUGGAGGCCGAGAGCAGCCAGACGACUCUCUCCCAGGAGCUGGAGAACUGUCAGAUCGAGCUGGAGAAUAUCUGCAAACAGAAGAGCGUGGUGGACGAGCAGUUUGCUCUGCUGCAGCAUGAGAAGGUGGACCUGCUGAAGAGGCUGGAGGAGGACCAGGAGGACCUCAAUGAACUCAUGAAGAAGCACAAAGCGCUCAUUGCUCAGUCCUCCAGUGAUAUCUCUCAGAUCAGAGAGCUGCAGGCUGAGCUGGAGGAGGUGAAGAAACAGAGACACUCUCUGCAGGAGGAGCUCCAGCAGAGCGUGUCCAGGGUGCAGUUCCUGGAGUCGUCCACCGUGGGGCGCAGCAUCGUCAGCAAACAGGAGGCGCGUGUGUGUGACCUGGAAAACAAGCUGGAGUUCCAGAGAGGGCAGGUCAAGAGGUUCGAGGUGCUGGUGCUGCGUCUGAGGGACAGCGUGGUUCGUCUGGGCGAGGAGCUGGAGCAGAGCGCCCAGGCUGAAGCUCGGGAGAGAGAGAACGCCCGCUACUACCAGCAGCGUCUGCAGGACAUGAGGCACGAGAUGGAGGAGCUGAUCCAGAGGGAGCAGGACAGCAGCCGCAGACGCAUGGAGCUGGAUAUGCAGGUGGAGGAGCUCAGCGCCGUCAGGCAGGCGCUGCAGGCUGACCUGGAGACGUCCAUCCGCCGCAUCGUGGACCUGCAGGCCGCGCUGGAGGAGGUGGAGUCGAGUGACGAGAGCGACUCUGAAAGCGUUCAAACUGCUGUGGAGUCCUUGACUCGAAAGAAAGACCUUGACUCGGUGUCCAGUGUUGGGACAGAGGAUGUGGGAGAGGGGAUCCGUCAUUGGUUGGGAGUGCCCAGAGGAGGGUCCCGCGGUGGAGGCUCCCCCUACAGCAGCAGUACCAUCAGCGGCCACGGGGGGCGCCAGUCUGUGGCCGACACCAUGAGCACCUACAGCUUCAGGUCUUGUGUGGACCCUGAUGACGAGGGCUCUGAGGCGGGCGGCGGCAGCGUCCGCGCUCCCAGCAGAGCGCCGUCCUCCUCCGCUCUGUCCGAGCUGCUGGACGGGCUUCGUAAACGGCGAGCCGGCGGCGACGCAUCAGAAGAAGCCGGCAGCACCGUCUCCCUGCCGGUGUACCAAACUACCGCGGCUGCCACCCUCAGACGGAGAGCCUCGGCGCUCUCUCUCGGCCCCGGCGACCUCCAGGAGCCGCGGCCCGGCCCCAGCAUCCUCAAACCGCCCUCGCCGCUCCUGCCUCGCGCCGCCAGCGCUCGCUCCAUCGGUGACGCUCAGACGCCCGCCACCUCCACAUCUACUGCCAAACUCUCUCGCUUCAACUCCAGCGAUUCCCUCUCUGCUGUCCCCUCGCUGCCACACCUCUCCUCCUUGGCGUCCUCCCUCGCCGCUCGCCAUCACCCUCCCUCCCUGUCCAUCCCAGAGGAGGACCCAGAGCAGCCGCUCCGCUCCCUGACCAAGCAGCGCUCCCCUCAGCCCCUGCGGCGGUGCAUGCUGGGUAGUCUUGCCACAGAGGACGGAGGCGAAGGCUCUCUCAGUACAGAACCAAUGGUCUUCCAAAACCGCCGCCUGGCCGAGGAUAACGACGCCGCCUCCGACAUUCUGCCCGCCAUCCGGAGAGCUCAGUCCACCAGCAGCCUGGCCGGCUCAGUGCGAGGAGGCCGGAGGGCGCUGAGCGUCCACUUCGGAGAGCUGCCGCCUUCGACCCGCAGCAGGAAAGGCUCUGAGACCGAGUCGUCCAGCUCAGGAGGAUCAGGAGGAAGCUCUCAGAGCGGCGCGCCCAGACGCAGGUUCGACAGACCGCAGGGAGAGAGGCUGGAGGCAGAGGGCAGCGAGGGCGGAGACGUCGCCUCAGUCAUGAAGAAAUACCUGAAGAAGGAGAUUAAUUGAAGCAUGAAGUGAGCUCACAGCGUCUUUGAGUGUCCACUUCCAGCUGUGAGCUUCACAGGCAGACUGAAGGCUGAACCAAACACUUCACAAGUCAACACGGAUGUUCUGUUUCUGACUCACCUGGAAAUACAUUCGUACUCAACCAACUGUAUUUUCAGAUAAGCACUGUUUGUAUAUGAAUAAAAAAAU